ACAUCACGACAAAUCGUUCAGUUAAAAAAGUGUGUAUGAAAAAUACACCAUGGCAGGACUUUGGAAUGCCGCGAAAUGUCUUGUUCAAUUAUCCCCAAAUUUUGCAUAUUUGAAAAUGAGUUUAAGAUCUAUAGCAGUCACAAUGCAAUCCAUCAACCACCUAUCUACAGUGAAAAUGACUACACCAUUAGUUUCCUCCAAAAUGUUCAAUCCUGUCGUUUCGCCUGUGCGGCAUACAAGUUUUUUUACCAAACUUCCAGCUGAUAAGCUAUGGAAAGGAGUCACGAGUGUCAGUAAUGCUGGCAAAAAACGUGGAAGAGGCAGAGCAGUUGGCAAAAAGACUGCCAAAAAUUUGAAUAGAGGCCAAGUUAUUGGUGUUGGUAAAACAAACAUGCUGUGGCCUGGAUUGAACAGCCCAAUCAUUCAGGGUAAAGAACUUAUCCAGCAACAAAAAUUACCUGAUGAUCCAGAGAGGGAAGCCAAAUUGCUGAAGCUACGUGAUGAAAUGGGAGCAUUUAGGUUACUGAGAUUAAGCCCUCUUGAUAGAGGCUGGUCUGGACCAAAGUUGCCUGGUCGAAGUGUUGGACGUCCUGAUCCUGUUGGGGAAGAUGAUUUCGAGGGAUUUGACACAAUUGUGUUAGAAUUCAAAAUAGUUUGUAAUAUGAAAGGAAACUUGGGUCGUACUCGUCGAACAAGCGCGUUCGUCGUCACCGGAAACGGUAAUGGUCUUGCUGGUUUCGCUAUUGGUAAAGCGCAAAUGGGUAUGACUGCCCUGAGGAAGGCAAAAAAUCGUGCUGCCCAGAAACUCAUGUACGUGGAGCGCUACAACGAACACACGGUGAUGCAUGACUUCUUCACUGCAUUUGGCAAGACAAGGGUCUUUGUGCAAAAGAAACCUGAAGGUUACGGAUUGGUGUGCCACCGAGUCAUCAGGGAAAUUUGCAAAGCUGUUGGUAUCAAAGAUAUCUACGCUAAAGUCGAAGGAUCAACAAAGAAUGUCCAGCACGUUGCCAAGGCCUUCAUGGUUGGCUUGCUCCAACAAAAAUCGUUUGAAAAGAUUGCCGAAGAAACCAAACUGCACGUUGUUGAAUUCCGCAAAGAACGCGACUAUUUUCCUCAAAUUAUGGCUAAACCAUCCGAAGUCAAGACAGUUAAAUCCAUUAAUGACAUGGAUUUGAAUUUGUAUCUCAAUGAUGGCAAAGUUGCUACCAAGAAAAAGAAAUAUCAGGUCAAUGAAUCAGACCCGACCUGGAAAAAUCAUCUCGCGAAGACGGAACGAUUUCGUAAUCACGAGCAAGUUAGAGUGAACCUGCUUGUAGAUCACGGCGAAGUUCGCAGCUUCUUAGCUGAUAGAUAUCCAGAAUGUCGACAAAUCAAAUUCGUCAAGAAAAGGGAAGAAAGCUAAUUGAGUUUAAAAGUCAAACAACAUUUGUUUACCGAGUCUAUAGAGUGAAUAGUACAAUUUGAAAAUUUUUCAU